AUGGACGUCACCAUCCAGCACCCUUGGUUCAAGCGUGCCCUGGGGCCCUUCUACCCCAGCCGUCUGUUCGACCAGUUUUUCGGCGAGGGCCUUUUUGAAUACGACCUGCUGCCUUUCUUGUCUUCCACCAUCAGUCCCUACUACCGCCAGUCCCUCUUCCGCACGGUGCUGGACUCUGGAAUCUCUGAGCUCAUGACCCAUAUGUGGUUUGUAAUGCACCAACCACAUGCUGGAAACCCCAAGAACAACCCCAUCAAGGCAAGUCAUGUGACAAAGGUCCGAUCUGACCGGGACAAGUUUGUCAUCUUCUUGGACGUGAAGCAUUUCUCUCCUGAGGACCUCACUGUGAAGGUAUUGGAGGACUUCGUGGAGAUUCACGGCAAGCACAAUGAGAGACAGGAUGACCAUGGCUACAUUUCCCGUGAGUUCCACCGUCGCUACCGUCUGCCUUCCAAUGUGGACCAGUCUGCCCUCUCCUGCUCCCUGUCUGCGGAUGGCAUGCUGACCUUCUCUGGCCCCAAGGUCCAGUCUGGCUUGGAUGCUGGCCACAGUGAGAGGGCCAUUCCUGUGUCGCGGGAGGAGAAGCCCAGCUCAGCACCCUCGUCUUAA